UUAAAGAAAAACGUCAGAUAGUGUGAAUUGUCUUUUUCGUUAUAAUUUAAGAAUAAGGGAAAGCAUAUUAUUUGUCUGCAAAUUAUAUUCACGAUACAAAAUGAGUGAAAGUUGGUUUUGCGAACAGAUACAAAAUUUAAGCAACCGGGAGAAUCGGUUGUCAAUAUUAGCGGAUAUACGACUUCGUUUGUAUGGAAAUGAAGAUUUGGCUGGUGCUGAAUUUGAAUCAUCAGUGGCUACCCGCUUACUCAGUGUUCCAGAGUUUUGGGAAUGCUUGGAUGGAAAAGAAAGUAGUCAACAUUAUGAUCUUGCUAAAGAAAUAUUGUCAAUAUGCAUGUCACGCCUACGAAUUGAACAAAAUAAUACAUUUGUGAUAUUAGAGACGGCUUUAUCUAAUUCGAAGCCCGACAUUAAAGCCAUUAUUUUGAAUACCAUUUUAAAGCAAUUCCAAAUGAAUUUCAUGAAUAACAAAGAUGUUCAAAUACCUAUUGGGCUCCUUAAACAUAUAUUAAAUGGGUUACAACACGAGGCCAGUAAUGUCGGAGUACCAGCUUUAGAAAUUUUAAAAAUUUCUUUGGCGCGACAUAUCGAUGAUCAUUUAAAACAACAGUUAUUAGAUAUGUUAUCCACAAAUGAAAUUGUAAAGUGCCGUAUAUAUGAACUUGCGGUGAGCGUUGCAAUAGAAUCGCCUACCUCACUUCAACAGGUAGAGUUUCUGCUCGAUAAUGCUUUGUCAGAGCUUGAUAAUGAUGAUGUACUUUUGCAAGUGAACAUUCUUGAAAUACUAGUAUCACUCGCAGAACAGAAUCAUGGUUUACUUUACUUAGAAAAUAGAAAAGUAUUCGAAAUAAUUGGUAGGCGUGUAGAAAAUGUUUCUCAAAACCCCUUAGACGAACUGCUCAUUCCCGGCAUAAUGAAAUUUUUUAGCAAAGCCGCCUCAGUUCAACCUCAGAAAUUAAUCAUUGAUUACCCACAUAUGAUAAAAUGUUUAUUUGAAAGCAUUUUUUCUGGAAAAGAAUCGAUAUUACCUGCAGCGUUUGACGCACUCGCUAAUCUUACACAAUCUUAUAAGGGGAUAGUACUUUUGGAUCAAAAUUAUCCCGCGCUAAUUAAAGAAACGUUCGAAUCUAUUGCAUCAUAUUUAAGAAGUCUGCCAACAGAUUUGAAAAAUAGAGCUUUUAAUGCUUUGGAAAUAGUUUUUCUCAAGGAGAGCAAUGCUGAUAUAGGAAAAAUAUUGCGAAAAUGGUUUACAUAUCUAGCCUGUGGAGAGAGCAUGCAAUUUUUGAUGGAUUACUGUCGGAAUCCUUUUCCUGAUAUCAAAGUGUCAUGUUUAAGAUUCAUUAAAUCAGUUUGCCAUCAUAGAUGGGGCAUAGUAGCCUUAAAAAACACUGCCGGCUUCAUUGAAUAUUUACUGGAUCGCAACGUUGAGUUUGACAAGGAGGCGAAGUACGUAAAAUACGAAAUAAUUAGUGCGGUAGCAGAUAGCGACGUUUUUGAUGCACAAAUUAAUCUGCAAUUACGUACUUAUGUAAACGAAGGGCCGUACUUCGUUGAAAGUAUAUUGGACAUCGCAACGGAAGGCAAUUAAUAAAAAUAAUAUAAUAUUAAACAUAAA